UCUCUUCAGUCUUGUCCUCCUCACAUCUCUCGGAGAGAUAAACCAAACCCCAGCAGAAUCUCCUCGUAUCUGAUCUAACCAUGUCUUGCACUUCCAAUGUCUUGCUAUCCCUAAACGGCUGCGUUUUACCAUCUCCCAAGCCUCUUGGCAGAUUCCUCAGCGCCAAGUCCUGCGGAAGGAAACUUUGCGUCUCCGUCGUUAGAGCUUCUUCCAAUGAUCCUGAUUGUAAUGCCGAGGAAUGUGCUCCCGACAAAGAGGUUGGGACAGUGAGUAUGGAAUGGUUAGCUGGAGAAAAGACCAAAGUGGUGGGAACGUUUCCACCAAGGAAGCGUGGUUGGACUGGCUAUGUUGAGAAAGAUACUGCUGGUCAGACUAAUGUUUACUCUAUUGAGCCUGCAGUGUAUGUAGCAGAGAGCGCCAUAAGCUCAGGCACUGCAGGAUCUUCGUCCGAUGGGGCUGAGAACACGGCAGCAAUCGUAGGAGGUCUUGCACUCAUCGCACUCGCUUCCGCUUCCUCUAUACUCCUCCAAGUCGGAAAAGACGCCCCUGCUCGACCAAAAGCAGUGGAUUACAGUGGACCGUCUCUUAGCUACUACAUCAACAAGUUCAAACCUACAGAAACUGUUCAAGCUUCUGCCCCUUCCCUCACGGAAGCUCCACCGGUGGUUCAGCAAGAAACCUCACUGCCGGAAACCAUGGCUAGUGAGGCUCAGCCUGAGGAGGCGUCUUCUGUUACUACAACAAGUAGCACAUCUUAAGGGAUUAUUAGCCUAGGAUUCGGUUAUAUGUUUUGUGUAAAGAU